AUGGCUGACCGUCGGAAUUCUCACUCCGCUACGCGGCCAUACCACAUGUCGGUUGAGAGCGACGUUGACACCGAAGGUAAUACCCAGUCUAUGGGUUCUCGUCCGGUUCAGUCAUCUGAUGCGCAGCGCGGAUUCAAACGCGCGGACUGGAAUGAGCUUGACGCACUCGCCCGGUACUUCUACUUCCAUAUUGAUCGUGAGCUCUCGAGUCUCAAGGGCGUCAGACAUGUGCAUGUCGCUGGCGCGCCAGAGAGUCCAAUGGCAGCGAGGCCACGACCUACCAAGCGGGAUGACACGUGGGGCAGAUCAGAAAGCAGCGAGCCGGUCCGCCAACACAGGACGGCGUCUAACUCGCGACGGCCGCAGGGCAGGCGAUCUGACAGUAUGAUGAGCACUUACGGCUUGGAGGUAGCCCUCUUGCGCCCAGCCACACCAUGGUCAGAGAAAAGCCGCAGAACCUCUGUGCACCGCAACCCUUCGGCGACGGAGAAUGAUAGCCCGGCUCGAUACCCUGAUAAUACCGUGAGGUACCCACCAGAGACUCCAGACCUCUUUCGCGCCGCUCCUCCCCCCUCCGCUGGGUAUCGGUCGUCGAGGGAUGACGAUCGUUAUCGGCUCGAAGUUGACGACGAUCGUUAUGCGUAUUACGGGAUUUACGACAGCCCAUACGUACGGCAGCCUAGUACCAGGUCGUACGAGGGCGGUGGGCUCGAGUACGCGGAACGGUGGCGAGCACAACACGGCGCGCCGCCCGGCGGAAAACGGGUAAUGAUGGAUGUACCGGAGAGGAGAAGGCACCGACAUGCAAGGGAGCCGGAGCCCAUCAUACACGAUCGUGACACGAGUGGCAGCUAUUAUAGUGGUUGGUCAAGCUCAGAUGAAACCGAUGGCUCCAUAACCUCGACUGACUGGGACCGCAAACGCGACACCGGGAGACGGAUGCCUUCUGUGAAGCGAGAAGACAAGCAGCAAAAAGGGUGGAAGAAACUAUGGCGAGAGAUGGAGGGAUUGGCCAGGGUAAAGAUACAAGAGGAGCAGCGGGUGGCCGCAGAGGCUAGACAACGUGCCACCGAUGAGAGGAUCAUGAUAGAACGUGAGGUGAAGGAGAGGAUUGAGAGCGAGAAUCGAGUGGCUGCCGAAGCGAAAGAGGCCGAGGCCGGGCGCCAUGAAGAGUUUAUGAGGCUCAUGCAGGCGAAGUUGCAGCAGAGUGUGGAUGAGAUGGUAACUAUGACGAAGGAUAGCGUCCUGCAAAGCCUCAGAGCGGAGGUGAUGCAGCAUCGGGAUGCAGAAAAGAAGGUUCAACGGAGCCAACGGCAAGCCGAGAUUGGGUCUGAGGCGGAUGCCGAGCUAGAAACCAAGGUGGCAAGCAGGCGAGAGGAUGCCGAACAAGGAGGGAUCGGGCGACAGAAAGCAGCCAUGAAAUCCUCACAGGACAGUGACACGGUAUUUCCCACCGCCGAGUCCGCCCCGUCCAUCCAGCACUCCGGUUCGCAUUUUUCUGGGGCGACCCGUUAUGCUCCUGGCCGCCCCCGCCACCGUAGGCCUACCUCAUCCGAACCCUGUGGCUCGUGUUCGCCGCGGGCACCACCUCCUGUCCCGAAACCGCCAAGCGACGGCAACAACGACUACAGCCAGAACGAGAACGAGAACGAGAACGAGAGCGAGAGUGAGAGUGAGAGGGAGCGCCAGACGUCGGCAACGUCGGAUUUCUGGACGUCCCACUGGCAUCAGACGAAGGAAAGAGAGAAGCGCAAGACGCUUCGCAUGAUAAAGGAGGAGUUGGUGAAUCCGAUCGCCGAGGCGUUGGCGGCCGGGCUGGCAGGACGUGGAUAUGCCGGUAGGCCACCUAUGUCACCACCAUCAUCCGCGUUCUACGAAGAUCCGCGUUGGCAUGGUGAAAGAUGGAGGGGCCGCGGGUCCGAUCCGACAACGUACGACUUCAACGACCGGGAGGCGGAAUCAUACCGGUCGGGAACGGAGCGUAGCCUUCGUGGCCGCAGUCGCAGCGAGCGAUGGCUCUCCCCAUCUGGGUGGCAGGGACAGCGCUGUCUUUCGCCUUUAGAAGUCAGACCCUCCAUCGAGGGGUGGCGGGAUGACAGAGAGGCACCGCACCCUCCGCCACACGGACACACCGUCGGACUUUCAGACACGGGCAACGGUGCCGUGAAAAGCCACAAUCAAGGCCUCGACGUUGUGAGAGUAGAUCCAAUGCCUUCAACCGCCGGAGCCGUCGGUGGAGGUGGCGUUGACAAUGGCACAAGCGACGUCCAGCUCACCCCCCAGUUAGAGUACGAAUCAAGAGGACCUCUGCAGCUCGUCGAGAGCCAGGCGAACUCGCCCUUGCGCUCCGAGAACGAUAGCUUCAUCCAAGCCAACCAUCACUUGGCUCCAACCGAAGUCAAUUCCGACGCUCUGCCGGACGACCUCGCCAAAGAAUUGGUUGUCCCGGACUUCAAGACCCCACCACCGGCACAGCCAGAGACCCGGACUAUGCAGCGCAACGUUCCCGAUAGCGGGCCCGAGUCUUUUCGCCCGGAACGCUCGGAUUCGGGCGUCGACGGGCACGCUCAGGCGCCCGCACGGCGCAGUAGCAGUACCAUCAGCCACGCCCGCCUCCGCCGGGACUACUUCCAGCAUGGCUGGCUGUCCGAUCGAGGCAUGUCGAUGGCGUCUCUCGAGCUCGGGGCGUGGAAGCUGCUCCUGCCCGACCCGAGAUCAAGGCGGUCUGGAGGAGUGGUAGGCCAUGGUUGCCGAAGCGUGUCGCGUCUCAUUGGUGCCGAGAAAUUGAGCAUGGCGGUCUCCCAGUCGCCGCCCGAGCCACCAUUGAUGCAUCUGGGUGGGGUGGACGGACUACCGGCAGCUAAUGUUAGGCACGAGUCGGCGGGUACGGACGACUCUGAGGACGUGAUGAGGGCCGAGGAGAUUGAGAUGGCAGAAAUCGGAGGAGGACUUGAUUAA